AUGGGCCAGGCUGUGGCCAAGCUGGGAUGGGCCAUGGGCAUUUUGGGCAUCUUCCUGAUGCUCGCCAUGAAUGCCCACAUCAUGAUGCUCGUUUGGCGGGUGCAUCGAUUGUAUCCAGACGCCAAGACCUACCGGGAGUUGGCGUGCGCGGCCAUCGAGCGCGCCCACCCGGACAGGAUGGAGCUGGCCGAGAACCUCGUGCUGGUCGCCCAGUACCUCUUCGUCUUUGCCACGCUGGCCUUGUACACGCUGAGUAUCGGCCAGGGGCUGGGGAUGUUUUUCUAUGACGUGCACGCAUGCCUCCCACUCUGGACCUUCGUUGGCUGCAUGUUGCUUCUGCCCUUGAACCUGUCCGCGCGCUUCCUUGGCUCUUUUGCAGGCUCUGUGAUGUUCAACUGCCUCUGCACUGUGGGCACAGUUCUCAUCCCCAUUGCUUGGAUGGCCUGGCAAGGCGCAGAGGUGACUCGACCGAGUGGGCAGCACUUCGAGGCGAUUGCGUCGAGUUUCUCCAUGACGGCUGCUGUCACCUCUGCGUGCACCUUUGCGUUCGCCUUCAGCGGCCAGUUCAUCCUGGUGGAGAUCAUGUCGGAGAUGGAGGACCUCGAGGAGUUCCCGAAGGCCUACCUGGGCUACUCCAUGCCCUUCAUGUCGUUGGCCUUUCUUGGCGUGGGCCUAUCCGUGUACUACUUCCGAGGAGGGGCUGCCUCGGGCAUGAUCGUCCAGGAGCUGCCCUUUGGCUUUGCAGAGCGCAUGGCGGCCACGUGUCUGGUGGGGCAUAUGCUCAUCACCUACGUGAUCAAGAGCGUGGUGCUUUGCAGAGGGCUUCUCAAGGAGCUGCAGGAGCGACAGGUGAUUUCCAACGGAAACACCUGGUCUGCCUGGUAUUGCAUCGUCAUACUCAUCGUCUCCUCCUCCUGGUUGCUGGCGCAGAUCGUGCCCUUCUUCUCGGACUUGGUGAACUUGCUGGGCGCCACGCUGACGCCACUGGUGGCCUUCAUCGUCCCGAUCCUGCUGUACCAGCUCAGCAUCCGGAUCAAGGAUGUGGAGGCAAGCACUGCUGAGCAGGCGCUGCUCUAUCUGGAGCUGCUGAUCUCUUUGGUGAUGUUCGCCUACGGCUCUGUAUCCACCUUCCUUCAUAUCUAUGCGCAGUGGGAGCACUAUGGUUACCCCUUCUCCUGCCACUGCCAGUUCCUUUGGAAAACCUGUGGGUGCUCGUCAGGAAGGAUGGAGUGCCCUGCGAUCUAA